AUGAAUAUUGACCCAGUUUCUGUUCCAGAAACCAUUAAUGCGGCUUUAGGCCAAUUGCAUUUGGAUGAUGUUGUUGAAAAACCAAACUCAAACUCUAAUACUCAAGAACCAGAUCAGGAGACUGGAAACGAUGCCGCGCCAAUAGCAGCCGCAACUGAAACAAUUAGUAACAACAGAGGUAACGGUAACAAUGCUACUAGCGCUACAAACGGUGGUACUAUUCCACAACAGUUGCAGCAGCAAGAGUUUUUCAUGGGUGAUUCGUUAGUACCAGGUCCAUCAGGCCCCGGACCAGCACCUAUGUUCGCUCCCCACAUGAUGAAUCCAUUCAUGCCGUACCAUCCUAUGAUGCACAUGCCUCAUUCUGGAUUCUUUCCCGGUGCACAGGAUCAAAUGUUUCCACCACCUGAUUCCAGCGCUGCUGUUGAUUUCAACCUAAGCUUGUCACCAAGUGGAGGUAGUGCUGUUCCCGGUGCAGGAAACAUGACCGGAGGUGUUAAUGAUUCUGCCAUCCCAGGUUCUGACCUGAUGAUGCAUUAUCCCCAACAGUAUAUGAACCAUAAUGGGCAAAGGCCAAUGUUCUGGAUGAAUCCGGAUUUGAAUUCUAGUGCCAUCGACGACACCACUGCAGGCGAAGAUCCGCAGAAUCAGGAUUCCUUUGUGCGCGGUGCAUCAUUCACUUUAGAAUCUUCUGAACAGGGGAAUGAUGCCAAGGUGCCAGGUGCUAACACUUCUAGAAGACAAACUUUCCAUGCAGUGUCAGCUACUGACUUGUUGAACAAUUCUACUUCCAGUCCCACUGAAACGACGGAUGCCACUGGUACCAAUGCAUCAGCAACAUCACCCGAAGCUUCUGCCUCGAAAAAAGAGAUGCAGGAUCGUGUUUAUCCUCAAGCUGCUGCUUACCCUUACACCGGUGCAUUGCUGCAACCAAAUCCUGUACUAUCUGGCCAUCCACUGGGUCAUCAUCCCCAUCCUAUCGGUUCCCCAUUCCCUGGUUACGGUUUUAAUACAGCUUUCUCUCCUGUCCCGGGCCCUACUAACACGUUGAAUGCAGGUUCUCCAGCCAUCUCCGCAGAUGGCAAAGAAGCAAACAGCAGCGGCGAUCCAAGUGGCCAAUCUAACCGUCAUGUACACUCUGGAACUAAUUCCCCAGGAUUGAGUCAACCUGGUAGUCUGCCAAUGUCAGGACCUAACCCGUGGAUGUUUGCUGCUCCUCACGGUAGUCCUAACUUCCUGGUUCCACACCCUCAUCAUCCGGGUCACGCAGGCCCUCCAGCUGGCCAUCAAAGACCACAGAGCAAUAACCCUCAACAUAGAAAACGUCAUUUCAAUAACAAUGGUUCUAGUCGUAGCAAUUUCGGAAAUAUGAAACCUCAUGGUAAACCUCAACGCUUUGAAGAUGGUUCUCGUUAUCAAGAUGCUGUAUUGGAACAAUUCGUUGGGUCAAUCUACUCUUUGUGUAAGGAUCAACACGGUUGCAGAUUUUUACAACGUCAGUUGGAUGAAAAUGGAGAAGAAGUAGCUUCUACUAUUUACUCCGAGAUAAAAGACCACAUAUGCGAAUUGAUGAAUGAUCCAUUUGGUAAUUAUUUGAUGCAAAAACUAUUCGAAAGGAUUAACCAGAGGGACAGAGUGGAAAUUGUCAAAAAUUGUUCGCCUCAGUUCAUGGAUAUCGCCUUAGAUGCUCAUGGUACUAGAGCUCUUCAGAAAUUAGUGGAAUGCACUGAUACUGAGGAGGAAACACAGAUUUUAGUGGCAUCCUUGCAACCAUCCAUUUUAUCCUUGAGCAGAGACUUCAAAAGUAACCAUGUUGUUCAAAAGAUGCUAGAAAAUUUCUCGAAUAAGGAUACUCAAUUCAUUUAUGAUGCCGCUUGUGACGAUAUAAUCAAGAUCAGUAAUCACAGAAAUGGAUGCUGCGUUGUUCAACGUUGUUUGGAUUUUGGUAAUACCGAACAGCUCGAUGCAUUGUGCGGUAAGAUUGUGGAGAAAUCAUUUGAAUUGACUAUGAACCCGUACGGCAAUUACGUAAUCCAGUACAUUCUAACUAAGGAAAAGGAUCAAGCAACGCCUGAUUUCAAGUACACUAAAAAGAUUGUUGAUGUGUUAAAAUUCAAUGCCAUCGACCUUUCACUAAACAAAUUUGGUUCCAAUGUCGUGGAAUCAAUUUUACGUACUCCUGCUGUUUCUGAUGUUAUGAUCACUAAGAUAUUGAACAGUAACGAUGAAUCAGGGUUGUUGAAGCUCUUGCACGACAGCUAUGGUAACUACGUCUUACAGACAGCGUUAGAUAUUGUCAAGGACUCCAAUGCAUCUCUCUUUUCUCUGCUAUCUGACUCGUUGAAACCAUUGUUAGUCGGUCAAAUCAGAAAUACUCCUCAUGGUAGAAGAAUUGCUGCCCUUCUACAAGCAGAAUAA